AUGAAUGUAAUUGAUGCUAAGUAAGUAGUAAUGCUAUUGCUACCUUCCUUGGUUUUCAUGAAUAUUGACCCCUUCAAUAUGGAGGGAAAGGUAAGGGGUCAGUGCGAUUCAUCUGCUCUACGAUUUGUAAUGUGCUGUAGAUUGUGUUCCAGGUGCAACUUCGUUUUUCAGCUUCAUACAGAAAUUGUACACUUUUCUUUUCAGUGCCUCUCCUCAUUGCUGGGAUAUUCUGUUGAAUGAAUUUUGUGAGAAGAGGUUGCCAGUUGUGACACGCCUUUGUGAUACUCGGUGGUCGGCUCACUCGGUAGCUACUUCUGCCUCAAAAAAGGGCUACAAGAACAUUCGCGCAGCUCUUGCCUCCAUUUUGAAUGAUGCAGAUGAAGAACCAGCAACAAAACAAGAAGCAAAUGGUCUUCAAAAGAAGAUGGACCAGUUGGAAAACUGCAUCUUGUUGGGACUCUGA